AUGUUGGAAAAUGUAAAAGAACUGCAUCAAAAGAUUGAUGUUGUAGAUGAAGAGAGGUACGACAUCUCCGUCAAGGUGGCCAAAAAUGAAAAGGAGACUGCAGAUUUGAACAUCAAGAUUACCGAACUUAGAGGUAAAAUGAAGAGACCUGCACUGAAGAGGGUGAAGAUCUCAGCCGAUGCCAUGUUGGGUGCUCUUCUGGGCUCCAGGGUCAAAGAGUCUGUGGAUUUCAAAGCCAACCUCAAGACAGUCAAGAAAGAAGAGGAGAAGAAAGAAGAAGUGACUGACUGGCGAAAGAAUGUGGAGGCCAUGUCUGGAAUGGAGGGCAGGAAGAAGCUGUUUGAUGCGGGACAAUAG